AUGGUUCCACUCUUUAACUCCUUAAAUCUCUUCACAGUCUCGCCACUCUUCGUUCGGAAUCUGAAUUUUCCACCCAUUUCGUCUCUUGGUCUUGUCAGUGAUCCCAAAAGAAGAAGGCUAGGACGGCAACAACAAGUGGUCUGUUUUAGCCUUGUAGUUGGCAGCUAUUCAGGGUUUGCGGUGUUAAGAAGGGGAAGUUGGAAUAGGACUUGGUGUUGUGGGUGUAAGGGAUGGGAGAGUGACGGAGACGCUACAUUGGAGGCCGAGAUAUUGGAAUUCAUGCAGAAAUCGGAGAAGCCUGACGUGUUUCCGACCAAGAGAGAGUUGUUGGAUGCUGGUAGGAUGGAUUUGGUGGAGGCCAUUAAAAAGAAGGGUGGUUGGUGGUCAUUGGGUUGGGAGUCAGAUGAUGAGGAUGUGGUAGAGAAGAAACUUCAAGAAACUGAAAUUAUGGCAAUGGACUAUGAUUUUCAGGACUUCCAACGGAGAGUUGAUAGUUUUCGAGAGCGUAAUUCCGAGGAGGAGGAGGAAGAAGGGUCUUCAGGGUAUGCUUCUGCUUUUACAACAACUUCUCAAUCCACUUCCUCCUCUGGUAGAUCACUAGAAAUUGCAGCUGAGGAAGAUACUGGGAUUGAGGGUAUAUUGAGUAGACUGGAAAAGCAGAGAAAUUUAUCUUUUGGCAUUGAUUUGGGAAAAGGGUAUGUUACUCAUGCUUCCACUAAGGACGAUGGAGCUGACAGGCAUUUUGGAGCCUCAACCAUUGCAGGGAUGACUUUGGACAAUGCGAUAGAUUCAAAUCAAUUAUCCACAACCAAAGGCAUAAACAAUAAUUCAGGCAGCAAGCUUAGCCACAAUGGCUUGCACUCAGACCUUGAUGGUUUAGAACUUUCAGUUAAGCCUGAUAUGUGGAGGACAUGGAGUAUUCAACGGGCCGGCUACUCAGAUAUGGAUUUUGAAGCUGCUGAAAUUUCUUACAAUGAACAUGGAAUGGAAGUGGAAAUGGAUGCUUCAAAAGAAGUAGUACUUGCAAUAACUCAGGGUACUAGUGAAGCUGUAUACCAAGAGAGAGAGAUUAACCACAAUCAGAUACAAAACAGGCUUCAGGACCUGGAGCUUGAGCUUGCUUCUGCACUCUGCUUGUUGAGGUCCAAGGGCAAGCAAUACAUUUCAAAGGAGGAUCCCGGAAACUCUUCUAACGAUUUGAGAAAGCUCUCUGAUGCUUGGGAGUUCCAGGAAAAUGAAGCCAUGAAUGCCCAGGACAGACUGCGAAUGAUACGUGCAAAGUUAGCUGUGUUGGAAGGAAAGAUGGCAGUCUCAAUCAUUGAUGCACAGAAGAUAGUGGAAGAGAAACAGAAGAGGAUUGAUGGUGCUUCUAAAGCUUUACAACUUCUUCGUACUUCCUGCAUAGUUUGGCCUAAUUCAGCCUCAGAGGUUCUCCUAGCAGGAUCUUUUGAUGGUUGGACCACUCAGAAAAAGCUGCAGAAAUCUCGUACCGGUAUAUUUUCUGUGUGCUUGAAGCUGUAUCCGGGUAGAUAUGAGAUCAAGUUCAUUGUUGAUGGCAUCUGGAGGAUUGAUCCCUUACGCCCAAUUGUUCACAACAAUGGACAUGAUAAUAAUCUUCUAAUUGUCGCGUAA